AUUUGUUUAUUGCUUGUUUAGAGACUAUGUUUAGGGCUGUAAUAAUGUACAAGAAUAUUUUUCUUUAUUUAUUGUGCCAAAAAUUAUUCAAUUAUUUCAUUUGAUGCAAAAUUAAAAGAAAAUUAAUUCGAAAAAAAAUCAUGGAUAACUCAUUGCCAUAUAAAGUAUUAUAUUCAACUGGUGAACAGAUUUGCUACAAAUGCCUGAAAAAAAUUCUAGUGGAUUGUAUAAAAAUCGCAAUCAUGUUGCAAUCCGAUGACGAAGACUACCGAUUUCCCGCAUGGUAUCAUCAAAUUUGCUUUUUCAAAACGCGUCUACCUCAAACUGAAGCCGCUUUCGACGGAUUUGCCAAGCUUAGAUAUAUCGAUCAGCUUGCAAUUAAAGAGAAUUUAGGUACUGUCGAAUACGAGCCGAUCAAAUUGAAACAACCAGCUAAACUGCCGGAUUUUUAUGUUGAAUACGCGCGUUCAGGCAAAGCUUCAUGCGAAGGAUGCCAAAAGAAAAUUUGCGAACGUGAAAUACGAAUUAUGAAAGUGAUUAUCGACACAAAUCGAGAAACGGCAAUUGAUGGAAAGGCUACUUGGUAUCAUGUUGUUUGCUUUGCUCGCGCACGAUCACAACUCGGUUGGCCGCACUCAGCCGAACUUUUGCCCGGCUUCAAAAGACUAUCCGAUUAUGACAAAGAAACUAUCAAAAAUCAAAUACCGGUGAUGAAGCGCAUCUAUAAUCGGACUGAACAAACAAACGGCAUCAAACUGGAUGAACUGGAAAAAGACAUUGAACAUCAAAGUAUUGAAUAUUAUAAGUUGUAUGAUAAACUCGCAAGGAAUGUCUCCAAAGAGUAUCAAGUUAUGUUUUUAGAGGAAAAUAACCAAAUAGUUCCCAAAGCUGAAUGUGAUAUUCUACACCAUUUAUCAGACGUCAUCAUUUUUGGUGCCUUACAACCAUGCAAACAAUGCGGAAAUGAACGAAUGAUUUUCAGCAAUUCAACGUAUGUUUGUGCAUAUAUAAAUGAUUGGGGAAAAUGCGGUUGGGAAACAAGAGAACCAGAACGUUAUGUAGCUAAAAUACCUCAUAAAUUUACAAAUAAAUACCCAUCUCUAAAAAUAAAGCCUUCGGUUCGGAAGCGUGUAUACCAUGUGUUUCGACUAACAGACGAAAAUGGGACUGACCUAAUUUAUGCGCCAUAUAAGCAUCCACCAUUGUUCCUGAUGGAGUUUGCCAUCAUCGGAAUUCUCAGUAAAUCUGCCAAAGAAAUAGAAAAAGAAGUUAGAAAAAUGGGAGGAAAAGUUGUGAAUAAGAUACAUAGCAAAGUGGCAGCUGUUAUAUCGUCUUCAUUCGAAUUACUAAAAUCUGAAACUUCAUUCGUCGAAGCCAAGCACUUUAAUAUACAAGUCGUUUCCGAAGAAUUUCUAACAGAGGCGCAAAUAAAUGAUCCAAUUUUAUAUAUAAAAACCAAAUGCAUAAGCGAUUGGGGUGGAGAUCCGUAUUCUCGAAUCGAAAAGAGUGACGAAAUCAGAAGAGAAGAUGAAUUUUACACGAAAUCUUUGCCAGACAAAAUAACAUACAAAUGGAGAGACGGACCAGCGGUCGAUCCAGAAUGUGGUUUGGAUGAAAUUGCUCAUGUUUAUUGUUGUGCCACAAAUCGAGGUGAAUUGGAAUACUCAGCAGUUUUAGGUCUUGUCGACAUUGAAAACAAUCGAAAUUCAUACUACCGUAUGCAGUUGCUGGAAUCAAAUGAACAACAACUGCAUUCAAGGUAUUGGAUAUUUGAAGCAUGGGGUCGCAUAUCGACAGUCAUUGGUUCGAAACGACUUCAAACAUUUGACUCUCUCGAAGAAGCCCGCACAACAUUCAACACAAUUUAUGAAGAAAAAACAGGAAACCCAUUCGAACUUAAACAAUUCAUCAAAUGGCCGGAAAAAUAUUAUCAUUUGGACAUUGAUUUUGGUAUCAAUAGAAAAAUGCCAAACACAUUUGUUAACUCCAAACUUAGUCUACCGGUGUACCAAUUAAUGGAAAUGCUUUUCAAUAUUAAUCAAAUGGAAAACAUGAUGCUCGGCUGUGAUGUAGACUUAAAGCAAAUGCCAUUGGGAAAGAUAAGUGCUCAAGGAAUCCGUUCGGCAAUGACUGUUCUCAGGGAUAUUGUACAAUUGAUUCGCCAAAAUGAUUCAUAUAGCCAACUACGUGAAGCGUCAAAUAAGUUUUAUACGCUGAUUCCACAUGCGUUUGGUAUAAAACGUCCACCAGUCAUCAAUUCAAUCGAUGUGGUAAAUGCAAAGAAUGAAAUGCUGGAGAGUUUACUAAACAUGGAAUUGAUUUAUGGUUUCCUCGAGGGAGAGAAUGGCGAAAAAACGAAUCCACUCGAUGCUUGCUAUCUGAAAUUAAAAGCCGACAUCGUAGCUGUGGACAAAAAUUCAGAUGAAUUUAAGAAAAUAAAUGAAAUUGCCAAAACUACUCAUGGACCAACACACAAAAACUACAGACUGGAAGUUCUCGAAAUAUUCAAAGUUCGACGACACGGUGAAGAUAAUCGUUUUCAAGCAUGGCAAGGUGUGAGCAAUCAGCGUCUGCUGUGGCACGGGUCACGUCUUAUGAAUUUCGUUAGUAUUUUAUCGAAUGGAUUAAAAGUGGCUCCUCCCGAAGCAACACAUACUGGUUACAUGUUUGGCAAAGGCAUUUACUUCGCUGACGCUAUAAGCAAAUCAGCCAACUAUUGCAUGACUGAUAAAACAAAUGACAUCGGUUUGAUAUUACUGUGUGAAGUGGCCUUAGGUCAAUGCCAAUAUCAAUAUGCUGCAAAUCAUAAGAUCACGAACAUUCCAAAUCUAACUGAACAUUCUGUUCAAGGGUGUGGUACAUAUGUUCCAUCAAAGACUUCGAUCAUCGACGGAAUACCAGCGAGCACAGGAAACUUUCGUAAAAACAGUUUUAUUACAGCACUUUUCUACAACGAAUACAUAGUAUAUGAUCCGGCCCAAGUGAAAAUUAAAUACUUAAUAAAACUUAAAUUUAAUUAUAUUUAGUAAGCGAAGUAAACGUUUGACAUCCUUUUUUGACUUAAUGUUACCAGCAUUCACUUCAAGACGAAGAAAGUAAAUAUUAAUUUUAUAUUUUAUGACCAUACAAUUUGAAAUAAAUAAGAUAUUAUAUUUUUAAACCGAAAAUUUACACAAUUUA